GAGUACAGCAAAAUGCCGGAGCUAUAUCACAUGGACGACUACGACACGUGUGUCAUGGAGCCCGGGGGGACUUACUGCCUGUUUGACGCUGACCUCUACUCGAAAGACAACUCGGAACUCAUGCACAUGAUCCAAGAAUACACAGCCUACGACAGGAAGCAUUUCAACCACUCCGUGGUACACCGUGCGUUCUGCGUGCAGAAGACCUGCAAGGCCUUCCUGCAGAACAGGAGCCUGGAUGAUGAGGAGGACCUCAAGGCUGUGCUGGAAGCGUGCGUGGAUGACCAGCUGUGGAAGGGAUAUAAGCUUCAUGCCAGGUUCUCCGGACUAACCUACUGCAGAAGGCACGGGGAGAAGCGAUCCCUCAGCAUUGGAGACUACGCGGUAGGAGCUGUGUACCUGAUAUUGAUCAUUUUGAACGCCGUCGGGACUUCGUACGACUUCCUUAACGGGGAGAAAGCAGGGAAUCCUUAUUUGAUGGCGUUUUCCAUGCGUAAGAACUGGCGCAAACUGGUGGCGCCUAGCGGUGAGGGCCCAGAGCCUAGGCUUAACCGGCUCAAACUCUUCAAUGGUCUGAGGUCGCUUACGAUGAUCUGCGUGUUUUUCUCGCACACGGCUCUGGUACUUGCUUUCACCUACCUCCAGAACCCUUACUACGUUGAAACGUCAUACGACGACCCUUCAAAAUACAUCCUGUUCAACGGCAACCUGGUGACCUACACGUUCUUCGUCAUGUCCGGUUUCCUGCUUGCUUUUAACUUUGAGCUCCAUGCAGAAAAACAUCGGAUCACCCUGUGGGACUGGCCCAAGGGAAUGCUGAUGCGAUGGCUGAGAUUGACACCAAUAUACGCGCUCAUCAUGUUCACGGUGAUGACGGUGAUGAGGCACCUGGGGGACGGGCCGCUGUGGCCGCACGUGGUGACCAGCGAGGCCGCCGCCUGCUCCCAGUACUGGUGGGCGCACUUGCUCUACGUCAACAACUACAUACAGGACGACACGCAUUGCUUCCCGCAGAGCUGGUGAGUUACUACUCCAGGUGAUGCUAGUGCAGAGCUAGACCCUGUAUGCCCGAAGGGCAUAUGGCGACUAGAGCGCGCUGGCGUGGCGCUAGCCAUCUCUGUCCCGCAUGUAUAGACUCCUCUUAG